AUUUACUGUACCACCAAUCCUUUCUUUUUUUUUUUUUUACUUUUCUACUCCUUUCUUCUUUAUAUUAUAUCUACCUUUUACUUUUGUUCUGAUUCCCUUUACUGACCAAACUCAAAGACACAGAUACACUUACAAUGAACUCUCCCAAACCUGUGGUCGAUUUGAACUUUUAUCAACAACCAAGUACUAUUUCAUACUUUGAUGCCAUUUUGGAAGACCUACGACAAGACCUGGGGGCAGAAGGUAAUACUGAUGCUACUUUUACUGCACCUGAACUAGCUUACUUUGUUGGUCGUUUUCAACAAUUUCAACAAGAUGCUCUCGGAAAACAGGCCAUAGCUCUACUUCGACAAACCAACAACAACAACAACAACAACGACAACACCACUAAUGGAAGAACAAUAAAUUCAACUUCUCACCCUGUUCGUAUACCCUCCUCUUUAUUUCGAGUCGAAUCACUUCGCAAAGGCUCCCCACUUUACGUCAUCUUGUUGGCAGCAUAUUCAUUUCUCUCUGAUAAGGAUACCAGCGAUUGGCAAUUCGAAUCACCUGAUGAAAAGGAAGUUUACUUUGAACUAUUGAAGUACAUUCGGAAACGGCUUGUUGACUCUGGUGUUAUGGAAGCACUACCUAUGAUUGGCUUUGAUGCUGGCAUUCCUACAGAUAUGAAAAACAAUCUCACGUCUAUGGUGAUGAACAUGGAAGGUUACGUCGUUGACGAUUUGACUGGUGCCACUCAUAUUAUAUACAACAAUGAGGAUCCUUUAUUCGAUGACAGUCAACCACGACCCUUUUCGGUGGAAGAAAAACUUGCAGGAAAAGUACUAUUACACUAUAUUGGACUACCAAGCUCUUACGAUACGUGGGUGAAUGAAAAUGAAUACAACGAUGAUAUGGCUCUUUCUCUGGAUUCAACAUUACAACAGCAACCAUACCGCCUGAAGGUUUCAUGGAUAAAAGAUUCUUACACAUACAAUGAAUGGAUGAAUCCUAUCGAUUAUCAUUAUUCUGUCAACAAAUCAGAAGCAUCUAUCACAACUUCGAAUCUCAAACGUUCUAUCAAAGAAGGCAACGCAGAUACUGACGACGAAAACCCUUCCAAGAAAGUCAAACCAUCUAAUGAACAAGCGGGAUCAGAUUUAAAGGAAAUGAACGACGAACAGCAACCUCAGCAGCAUACAAAGGAUGAUUCGGAAAACCCGUUAACAGCUUCGAUCAGUAGUCAACAAGAACAACAACAACAACCACAAGACAAACAACAAAAAGAGGAACUUAUUUCUCAUGGGGUCAAGACUGGUGAUAUAAUAACUGAACGAAACGAUAUCCGUUAUCAAUCUAUCCAAGGUCACGAAAUUGUCAUACCGUCUUAUGCUGCGUGGUUUGAACUACAUAAGGUGAAUGAUAUCGAACGAAACAGUCUGCCAGAAUUCUUCAACAGUAAAAGCAAAUGGAAAACACCAACGACAUACAAAAAUUAUCGUGAUUUUAUGGUAAAUAGCUAUCGCAUCAAUCCAGUAGAAUACCUUACAAUCACAGCAUGCCGUCGAAAUCUGAUGGGGGAUGUAUGUGCUAUUAUUCGAGUUCACUCAUUUUUGGAACAAUGGGGAUUGAUCAAUUACCAAGUGGAAGCAAAUACCAAGUCAUCUGUAUACGGAAUCCCUGAAACGGAACAACUAAAAAUUAUCCAUGAACAAUAUACAUCACCAACUGUGCAAGAACUACCGAAACAAAUCAAUGAUGAAGAUAUGGAACAAGAUAUCAAGACAGAACAGCUAAAUAUCAAAAAAGACAGCGAUGGGGAUAUCGACAUGCAAAAAGAAGAUGACAAGGAUUCUAUUCAACAGAUAUCCGGUACCACUUGUGCUACAUGCGAAUCUCAUAAUAUGGACAUCAGGUAUCAAAGCACUCAACGAAAAGACGUACAAUUAUGUGAAUCAUGUUAUCUCGACGGAAAAUAUGCAUGGGAUCUAAGGCCUUCUCAAUUCAUCAAGCAAAUCCAUCCAUCAACGCCAUCACCAUCAUCUCCAGUAUCAUCACCUCCAUCAUCACCACCAACAACACAAUCAACAUCUGAUAACAAACAAAAGUUAUGGACUGACGAAGAAAAGACAUUGCUACAAGAAGGACUGGAAAAGUACCAUGAUGAUUGGAACAAAAUAUCUGAUCAUGUCAAGACGCGAACCCGUGAUCAAUGUCUAUUACAGUAUCUUCAGCUACCGACGGAAAAUCCAUAUGUUGAUACCGAAGUUUCCCAACUAGGUUUAUUACAAUUCGAUCGAUCUCAAGAUAGUUGUCAUCCUGUGUUAUCCACUGUAGCAUUUUUAGCCUCUACUGUGAAACCAAAAGUUGCUGCAGCUGCUGCCAAUGGCUCUCCUGAUUUUAUUGAAGAUACCGACAAACCAUUGGACAAGCAAGAACAGUCAAUAGAACAAAAGGAUGAUCUUGAAAAGGAACUCAGAGAUUUACUAUAUGGAUUGAUUGGCAACAAGUUACGACAAUUCCAAGCUCAAACUCGACGGUAUGAAGAAAAGGAGGUUUUACUUGAAGAAGAACGGCGGUUACUGGAGAAGGAACGACAUCAAUUGAAUCAAGAUCAAUUAGCAUUGCAAAGUAAGAUAUUAGCUGUGCGACAGGAAUUAGCUAAACGAGAUGGACAUCAACAAUACGACAUACAUGGUUUAGGGUUUGGUAGAGGUGGCGAUGGACAAGGUGGGAAUAUCAACAUGCAUCAUUCUAAUGUCGGUAUGACACCAGCACAGGUACAACAACAAAUGGCAGCAGCAGCAGCGGCAGCAGCAACAGCGGCAGCGGCAGCAGCUCAAGGACAAGGAUCAGUACCCAACUCAACAGCAAAUGGUAUUAUGCGACCCGGUAUGGGACAACCUCCUAUGUUUAUGAAUCAUCAGCAACAUCAAAAUUAUAUGCGAUUCCAACAACAACAACAACAACAAAUGCAAAUACAGUUACAGAUGCAAAUGCAACAAGAACAACGUCAAGGUAGUGGUCGACCGAAUCAG